CUCUGCUCAGGAAUCUGCACUUGUUAGAGGUGAGUCUCAGAAGAUCGAGCGUGUGUGUGUGCGUGUUUGUGUGUGUGUGUCUAGUAGUAGGGGAGGGGUGACUGUGUAUAGGAAAUAAAACUGAAAGGAGAUUCUGUGUCAGUCUCUGGAGUUAUGUCAUUGCUGCAACAUCUGCAGAGCUCAUAUGUGAGAAUGUGUGUGACACCUAGCGGUGCAAUCGGGCGCUCAUGCAGUUUUUUUUUCUUUGCCAGCUAAGUCCCUAUAGACCCCUGAAAAGAAGAGACAUUUAAAAAUGGCUAAAAGAAAAAUGCAAUCCUCUGGGCUAAAGCUGUCUUUGGCCCUGCUUUUCCUAGUCGUUGAAGGGAUCUUCACAUUUACCCCAACCUAUACAUGGACAGACGAGGAGACUGGGGAGGAUUUCACAUGCCAGCAGUGCCCCGAAGGGACCUUUGUGGCCAAACACUGCACGUCCACGAGUAAGACGGACUGCCAACCUUGCCCGGAGCAUCAUUACACUGGAUACUGGAAUUAUGUGGAAAAAUGCCGCUUUUGCAACGUUAUUUGUGAGGACAAGGAGCAGGUCAAACAUGAGUGCAAUGCCACCCAUAAUAGAGUCUGCGAAUGCAAGCCAGGCUUCCUAUGGCACUCUCAUUACUGCAAAAAGGAUUGCAGAAAUAAGACCGAUUAUGAAAAUUUAGAGUGCGAUCAUGAAGUAUUCGAAUUUGUCGCACACCAGCAUUUUACAAAGGAAAACUUCCUCCUGCUUCUGCAUACUGUGAGCCAGCAGGAAGCUAGCAAAAGGAUCGGCCGUAAACAGAUCCGCCAGCUGCUGAGAAAGAUUAAAAAUUCACAGCCUCGUAAAGCUCUUCUUCCACAACUGAUGAAGCUUGUGAAAGAAACCAACAUGACCCACUUGGAGAGGGAGCUGCAAAACAGGUUUAUUCAAUAGUGCUAAGAGUGCCGGAAACCGUACCUGCUGUAUUGGUCCCGUUUAUUGACUAUCCAGCAAUAUGGCUCCUUCCAAAGGUUCAACUAGGCUGGACCAAUCCCAGUAACCAGGAACACGGUUACCU